CAUAGGUACGCUGGUCCAUCUUACAAAAACACUGAUGCUUCACAGUGGUGUAGUAGUUUCUGGGAAGUGGCGAAAUGCUUCAUGCCUCCAGAUGGGUAUAAAGAUAAAACAUCUACAGCAGAAACAGACUUCAAUGGUAUAAUCAGCGUUAUUCUCAAUUACAAAGGCUUCCAGGGGAAAAUACAUGAAAACCUGAACAAUAAGACGAAUAUGUUUGAGGAGGCAAGAGAAAUUGGAAGAAAAGUACGACAUUCUUCAACACUUGAAGUAGAGGAUACAGAUCUUCAAAACUACUUCAAACUAUUACAGAAUCUACUUUCUGAUCAAGUAUAUUUAGCUACAGACACGCAUGCGCAGAAUGCUAAAAAGAAACUGACAGAGUUAGAAAAUGACACUUUAGUCAUUGGUAGAGAUGAUGUAAGAAAAGUACUAGACGAUGUGGCAAAGGCAAUACAAGACAAGAUGAAGGCUGGAUUAGACGAGCAAUAUGACAGAAUUAAACUAGAUAUGAUAAAAAGAAAACAAGAAGAUCUUCUAUCUCUUCAGUCACAAUUAAAAGAUGAAGCUGAUACUUCUGUUAAAAGAGUGCAUGAAGAACUGGACAAAGCAGGUGUGAAACUUCAUGAACAUGGAGAAAAAGAACGAGCAGACCUGGCUGGAUUAGGAGAGACGUUAUACAAAAGACUUAAAACAGCAAAUAAAGACGAGAAAAAAAAGGAAUAUAUUGAUUCUAAACAAAGUAAGUGAUAUUACUCACAUAACUUAAUUUGUUUUCUGUAUAUAUUACUAAACGUAUUCUUUUGUACUUCACCCCUUACAACAUAUAACCAUUGAUACUUCAGUUUUGCACCAUAUAAUGUUCUAAUAUCAUCAAUUCAUUAUUUGAUCCAAUCUUAUUAUUCUCUGUAUCAAUUCAUAUUUUACGCCAUCUAGCAUCGCUUUUAACCCCCAAAAUUAUAAUCUAUUUCAAAUUCAGUUAAUAUAUCACUAGCCUCGUUGUCAAAAACGUUCAUAAUUAUCAAAUUCAUAUUGUACUCUAAGUGACUACAUCGUAAUAGACACUUUUGUAAUACUGAAACGCCAUAAUUGUUGAUC